GGCUCCGUGUCCUGCGCGCGCAGCUCGGGGACUUUCGGGCAACAUGGCGGCGGCCGCGGCGAUGGCGAGAGGCUGGUGGCGGGGCCUGGCGGGGCCCGUGGCGCUGAGCAGGGCGGCCCGGCGACCCUCAGCGCCCUUGCUGCUGCAGGCGAGGAAGGAGAGCGCGGCGGCCGACACGCGCCCCACUGUCAGGCCACGGGAUGAUGUCACCAACAAGCAGCUCUCAGCUUUUGGAGAGUAUGUGGCUGAAAUCCUGCCCAAGUAUGUCCAGCAUGUUCAGGUGUCCUGCUAUGGGGAGUUGGAGAUCUGCAUCCAUCCUGAUGGUGUCAUCCCUGUGCUGACGUUCCUCCGGGACCACACCAACGCACAGUUCAAGUCUUUGGCUGACUUGACAGCGGUUGAUGUCCCCACCCGGCAGAAUCGUUUCGAGAUCGUCUAUAACCUCCUCUCUCUGCGCUUCAACUCACGGAUCCGGGUGAAGACCUAUGCAGAUGAGCUGACGCCCAUUGAGUCCACUGUCCCUGUGUACAAGGCAGCCAAUUGGUACGAGCGGGAGAUCUGGGAUAUGUUUGGUGUCUUCUUCGCUAACCAUCCUGACCUGAGGCGGAUCCUGACGGAUUACGGCUUUGAGGGCCAUCCCUUCAGGAAAGACUUUCCCUUGUCAGGCUAUGUGGAGCUGCGCUAUGAUGAUGAGGUGAAGCGUGUGGUGGCCGAGCCGGUGGAGCUGUCACAGGAGUUCCGAAAGUUUGACCUGAACAGCCCCUGGGAGGCUUUCCCUGCCUAUCGCCAGACCCCCGAGAGUCCCAAGCUGGAAGCUGGCGAUAAGAAACCUGAAGCCAAGUAGCCCCGGGAAAGUACAUGGCCCCUGGAAAAUGUCUUUUCUGUCAUUGAAUGAGUGUCCGUGUAAAUAAACUUCCACUCAGCCCAGUG